GGAGCCGGUUUCCAGCCCGGGUGGAGAUCUGCACUUGGAUCCCUUGUAGGGCGAGUCGAGGGCCGGUCUUCUGCCGGGGGCGGCGCCGCCCGUUGGGGCAGCGGAGCUGGGACGUCGUUGCGCUGCGCCCUCCAGCUCUGGUAACCGCCCCCCCCCCCGCCGCUCCCGCGCGAGGCAGAGGACCCGCCUGCACCGGAGUUUCCGAGAGAGGACUGGGAUAGGAUCCCGAGACAGCAGAAGAGAUGCAUCCUUUGGCAGUUGAUUGCGCCUUGCACUAGAGAGAAGCCCAGGAAUGAUAUAUUUGGGGGUUAUAUUUCUCCACUCUGGAAGUCACCCAGUUCGUUCCAGAAACAUUGAUUGCUUCUUUGACGCACCCUCAAUGAAGGUCUGAUGGACAGACACUUUUUGUUGACCUUGCGGCUACUUUCUCUCUUGUGGAAGUUGAAGACAUGGUGAAAGGGCCAAGUUACCUGCUUUGGUGAAUAGAAGUGCUCCACUUGGUUCUUAGAACAUGGGCCCUCGCUUAAAGCUGCAGCUGUGAUCCUCGGCUGUCUGUUGGCAUUGAAGGGACCUGAUGUUUUACGUUAUUGGUGGAAUCACAGUAUCUGUGGUUGCAUUCUUCUUCACAAUUAAGUUCCUCUUCGAGCUCGCCGCACGUGUAGUCAGCUUCCUCCAGAAUGAGGACCGUGAGCGCCGAGGGGACCGGACUAUUUAUGACUAUGUGCGGGGAAAUUACCUGGAUCCCCGGUCUUGCAAAGUCUCCUGGGAUUGGAAGGACCCCUAUGAGGUGGGCCACAGCAUGGCCUUCCGAGUGCAUUUAUUCUAUAAGAACGGGCAGCCUUUCCCUGCACAUCGGCCUGUGGGACUAAGAGUUCACAUCUCUCAUGUUGAGCUAGCAGUGGAAAUUCCAGUGACCCAGGAAGUCCUCCAGGAGCCCAGUUCCAAUGUGGUCAAGGUGGCCUUCACUGUGCGCAGGGCUGGGCGUUAUGAAAUCUCAGUGAAGCUUGGUGGAUUAAAUGUGGCCUACAGUCCCUACUACAAGAUUUUUCAGCCUGGAAUGGUGGUUCCUUCCAAGACCAAAAUUGUGUGCCAUUUUUCUACUCUUGUGUUGACCUGUGGGCAGCCACACACCCUUCAAAUAGUGCCCCGAGAUGAGUAUGACAACCCUACCAACAAUUCCACGUCCUUGAGAGAUGAGCACAAUUACAGUUUGUCCAUUCAUGAGCUCGGUCCCCAAGAAGAAGAGCACACUGGUGUCUCAUUUGAGAAGUCAGUGACAUCCAACAGACAGACCUGCCAGGUCUUCUUGCGACUCACCCUGCAUUCUCGUGGCUGCUUCCAUGCCUGCAUUUCGUACCAAAAUCAGCCAAUCCAUAAUGGCGAAUUUGACAUUAUUGUCCUAAGUGAGAAUGAAAAGAAUAUUGUUGAACGCAAUGUGUCCACCUCAGGAGUGAGCAUUUACUUUGAGGCUUAUCUUUAUAAUGCUGCCAACUGCACCGGCACACCGUGGCACCUCCCACCCAUGCACAUGAGCUCUUCCCAGCGCCGGCCUUCCAUGGCUGCUGAGGAGGAAGAUGAAGAUUCACCUUCUGAGUGUCACACCCCCGAGAAAGUGAAGAAACCGAAGAAGGUGUACUGCUAUGUGUCACCAAAGCAAUUCUCAGUGAAGGAGUUCUACCUGAAGAUCAUUCCCUGGCGCCUUUAUACCUUCCGAGUGUGCCCAGGAACCAAAUUUUCGUACCUUGGCCCCGACCCUGUCCAUAAGCUCCUUACACUGGUGGUAGAUGAUGGCAUUCAGCCUCCUGUGGAGCUCAGCUGUAAGGAGAGGAACAUCCUCGCAGCCACUUUCAUCCGUUCCCUCCAUAAGAACAUAGGAGGCUCUGAGACCUUUCAGGACAAGGUGAACUUUUUCCAGCGAGAGCUUCGGCAGGUACAUAUGAAAAGACCACAUUCCAAAGUCACCCUGAAGGUCAGCAGACAUGCCUUGUUGGAAUCGUCUCUGAAAGCCACUCGGAAUUUCUCCAUCUCAGAUUGGAGCAAGAACUUUGAAGUGGUUUUCCAGGACGAAGAAGCUCUGGACUGGGGAGGGCCUCGCCGGGAAUGGUUUGAGCUAAUCUGCAAAGCACUAUUUGAUACCACCAAUCAGCUCUUUACCCGAUUCAGUGACAACAACCAAGCAUUAGUGCAUCCCAACCCUAACCGCCCCCCUCAUCUACGCUUGAAGAUGUAUGAGUUUGCAGGGCGGCUCGUGGGCAAGUGUCUCUAUGAGUCGUCUCUAGGAGGAGCCUACAAGCAGUUGGUCCGCGCUCGCUUCACCCGUUCUUUCUUGGCCCAAAUCAUAGGACUACGUAUGCAUUACAAGUACUUUGAAACGGAUGACCCAGAAUUCUACAAAUCUAAAGUUUGUUUUAUCCUCAACAAUGACAUGAGUGAGAUGGAGCUGGUCUUUGCAGAAGAGAAAUAUAACAAAUCAGGUCAAUUGGAUAAGGUUGUUGAACUCAUGACAGGUGGAGCUCAAACCCCAGUCACUAAUGCGAAUAAAAUCUUCUAUUUAAAUUUGCUGGCCCAAUAUCGGCUGGCCAGUCAAGUGAAAGAGGAGGUGGAACAUUUCCUGAAAGGCCUGAAUGAGUUGGUCCCUGAGAACCUUUUGGCUAUUUUUGAUGAAAAUGAGCUUGAGCUACUGAUGUGUGGGACUGGGGACAUCAGUGUGGCUGAUUUCAAAGCCCAUGCAAUGGUCGUUGGUGGCUCAUGGCAUUUCAGAGAAAAGGUCAUGAGGUGGUUUUGGACUGUAGUUUCCAGUUUGACCCAGGAGGAGUUGGCUCGGCUGCUUCAGUUCACAACAGGCUCCUCUCAGCUGCCACCCGGAGGCUUUGCGGCCCUCUGUCCCUCGUUCCAGAUUAUUGCUGCUCCAACCCACAGCACGCUACCAACUGCACACACAUGUUUUAACCAGCUGUGCCUCCCUACGUAUGACUCGUAUGAAGAGGUGCACAGGAUGCUGCAGCUGGCCAUCAGCGAGGGCUGUGAGGGCUUUGGCAUGCUCUGACCACUCUCCUGCCAUCCUCUUGGCUCCUGUGUUUUCUGGAGCAUCUGGGUGCGCACAAUAGACAUCAUAACCACUGAUGCUAACAGAACACAUAACCAUCAACCAGAAGCUGCUGCAUGCUCCCCAGUGUCUGGAGUAUUUGGUCACCUACAGGCCUUGUCCUUCCCUCGCCCCCUUCCUGUCCAUCUUCUCCCCACAGGCCACUUUGGCAUGAUAUGUAUUCUGAGCUACUCGUUGAGUCACGAGAAGAGGACCGUGCUGCUGUAAUUCCACUUGGUUCUUAGGAGAUCUCAGUGGCGGGAGCUGCCUCAUUAGCUGAAGGAGAUUACACAAAGGGCUCAGCUCUCAUUGGGGAGCUGGUGCCCUCGCCUUGCUAUCCUCCUCUGCUUAUGCUCCUCGGGGUCCCUCUGUGGCCCUCAUUACUUGACCUGAGGUCUGUGAGUCCUUCUUGUGGGCAGGGUGAUUGCCUCUUCUCAGCAGGAGCCAGGAGAAGCACAGAUAGGAAGAGGCCCACAUGCGCAAUCUUUGGUUUUGUCCCUCUGCACAAUGGCAGGCAUAGGCAUUGGCCCUGGACUACCUCUGAUGGGGACUGAGAGCACAAAUGGAUCUUUCUGUGGUUCCGAACUGGAAAAGGAGCUUUCCCUGCAGGCGUUUCUGGAAAUGGUCAUUAACCUCUAAAGAAUUCUAAGCUUUUUCUUGAGUUUGAGCCGGUGAGAAAAGCAGACCUAAGCAUGUGAAAGAUAGCUGGGCUGUGGCCUCCAGUGCCGACUCUGCUUCUCCUUUAAGGUUGGGGGUGUGUCUAGGCAUAUGGCUGGCUUGAAGACUACUGAUGCUUGUCCCUAAGUUUGUUCUUUACGCUGAGGUGUGGCUGGGCCUGGUCACCUGCCUUCGAGUUAUACAGUCUGCUAAGAGCUGGGAUUCUUUUGCUUUCUACUGAAGAAAAUUUUGGAGCAAGGAACUGGGACCGUAAGAAUAGCAUGCCAGUGAUCCCUGCUUCUCUCUUUGCUUGGUGUUCUCUGGCAGCACUGGGGCAAGGGAAGGGGACCAACAGUUCAAGUGUUUUCACAGGUCCUUUGGGUCAGGAUACUGGGAACAGAGGAGAUAUGUCAGGCAGUAAACACCUAGCUGCCCCAGUUACUUCCCUUCACUCCCUCAGUUACCACCAAGGGGAACUAAGAAGGGAGGAAGAUAUAUUAGGUUCACUAUUGUGUGAUGAUUGAGGAGAACCUGCUGUCGUCUCUUGGAUGAUGGCAACAUUACAAUUUGAAUGAAAACAUUUGCAAGACGCAAAACCUCAUCAACUGUCCCACAUGUCUGUUUUUAAGAAGGCUUUGUAGCAAGCUACUAUUCCCAAUGGGGCAUUCAAGUCUGAGACUAUUACAAGCCAUCUUUAUCGCCAAAACCAGCAAGUACACAGAGUCCAGAGAGGAGGCAGGACUGUGGCAUUGCCUUGGCCUCCUGGAAGCAAGUCUGAGCCCUCCUGCUCCCAGAGAUCACAAGGAACAAGCCCUUCUGAGUUGCUGCUGUUAAUGCCUGACCUCACUCCUUCGCAGUCGUCAUUUGUCCUUCUUGGUGUGGGUGCUGACCUCACUCAUUCUUGGGGUCCAGGAUCCAGUGUCAGGGCCUCUACACCACAGGGUCCUGCAUGCCACAUGGUCACUGCUCUCCUCAGGGACCAGGACAAGGUGCUGCUGCUUGCCCCAGUGUUUCCCAUGGGAUAUGUACAGGCAAGCUUUGUCAUCACCCUGGGAAACACGAUGCUGCCCCUCGGCCCAGAGAGGGGUUUCCCGCGGGGGGCCCGGGGGCUGGUUCUGCUGUCUUUGGCAGUUACUCCUCUUCUGGAUUCUGCUUUCACCCUCCAGCAGCUCUCCACAGACUGACGCUGGAGCUCGAUUUGAUUUUCUUGGCUAGACCUGUCAUUUUAAACUCUGGUCAUAGCACUUUUCAAAGCAUCCUGGGCACCGCCACUGCCCAGCUGGGGCAGCUGCAUCCCUGUGGGGGUCCUGAGCCCCAGGGCCUUUGUUUAACAAAACCCUUUGGUACUGUUGUGGUUUUUCUAUUCUUCCAGUUUAUCCUCUCUCCUAACUGUUCAAAUGUAUCUUUGCUCUUUGGGGCCUUUUUUUUUCCUUUUUUUUUUUUUUUUUCUUUUCUAAUCCUGCUUUGGUACUAGCCAGUGUGGGGAAAGGUACAGUGUGUCGGAGAGAAGUAGUGUGUGUUACUUCUCGGGCAAUUUUCUAUUCACGUUUCUUAUUUUGGCCAGUUCUUUUAUUUAUGUCCUUGUGGCCCAGGUACUUUGGGGGUCAGCUAACCUCCUGGCCUUCAGUGUCUUUGAAGGAGACCAGAUACAAAGUGAACACCACGGAGAACAUCGGCAUGUCUCUAGAACUUCAGCGGAGACCAAGCCCUGCUGCAAAUUUUCAGGCCAGGCAAAAGGGCCAGACAGUUGCAAUGACUGUGUAAAUAUUUUGUACAGUAAAUAAAUAAAUGUUUAAAAGGA